AUGGGGCUCGGGGAGGCGGCGGGGCGGCUCCUGGCGGCCGUGGACUGGGAGCGCGAGGCCUACCCGGCGUACGAUGACUUCCUCGCGCUCCCCGGCUUCGUUCUCUUCUUCCCUACCGUCCGCUUCCUCCUCGACCGCUUCGUCUUCGAGUGGGUUGCGAGGAGGCUUAUAAAUGGGAAUGGACAUCAGAGAGCUAAUAAUGAAACAGAAGAAGCAAGGAAGAAGAUAAGAAAAUUCAAGGAAUCAGCUUGGAAAUGUGUUUAUUUCCUGUCUGGAGAGCUUUUAUCUUUGUCAGUCACAUAUAACGAGCCUUGGUUCACCAAUACCAGAUAUUUUUGGGUAGGACCAGGAGAACAGGUCUGGCCUGAUCAAAAGAUAAAAUUGAAACUUAAGGCUGUAUAUAUGUAUGCUGCUGGAUUCUACACACAUUCCAUAUUUGCACUAAUGUUUUGGGAAACAAGGCGUUCAGACUUUGGAGUGUCAAUGUCACAUCAUGUUGCUACUGUUAUUCUGAUUGUUCUAUCUUACGUGUUCAGAUUUGCUAGAGUUGGCUCUAUAGUAUUGGCAAUUCAUGAUGCAAGCGACGUUUUCCUGGAAGUAGGGAAGAUGUCCAAGUACAGCCAUUGUGAUUGGCUUGCCAAUGUUUCGUUUCUGUUUUUUGUUAUUUCAUGGGUUCUUCUCCGCCUCACAUAUUUUCCGUUCUGGAUUCUGAGAAGUACAAGUGGCUUCCUUCUAAUCUAA